AUGAACCCGUUCAAGAAAAUCGAUCGUCUCACCCCCGAAUCCUCCUUUGACAGCGCAGGAUGGGCCACCAAGAUCCUCGACAAGGCCAUGGUCGCAGUCGGCUCUUACGGUGACAAGGCCGUCUACGGUGCCUGCGCCGUGGGAAUGGCCGGCGCCAUCCAUGCCACCGCGGCUGGCGCGAUUGCCUACCAGGUGGUCCAGGGAGUCGGGCAGCUUCGCCAGAUCGCCGGCCAUCUGGACGGCAUCAACAACACGCUGUCCAGGGACCACGCCCUGAACGCACCUCCCGCGUUUGCGGACUUCGUCUACAACAUGGUCAAGAACAUGAUUGGCAGCUCGUCCUCUAGCGCUUGGUACUUUGUGUAUCAUCCCGACACGUACUGGACCCAUCAUUUCUCGAAUCAGAUCCGCUCGGAGGGACCACUCGGCAAGCGCUUCAUCGGCAUCUUUCAGGACCUCGACAUGGCCGUCAUCUUCAUGCGUGCCAUGAGGCAGGCGCUUGCACAAGAUCCCCAGAUGCAACAGGAUCCCCCACAUUUUAAGCUUCUGAUCCCGGCUUAUUAUCCGAUCGUGAUCACCUCGCCUCUGCAGUUCCCCAAGGAACUGGAGCCCUUCAACCUCUACUGCGACACGCAUGACGGACAGCCCUUGGUCUGGAUGAACCUGCCUGGCGUCGAGAAAGGAAUACAUGACAACAUCGGGCUGUACAAGCCCUCGCAGAGCAUCAUCAGCAAGCUCUUUGGCUCCAAGCAGAACUCGGCCCCGCGAACCUUGGGCACCCUCAGCGAAGCCGACGCAGGAAAGCUGUAUGACCUCACCGAACGGAAUGUCAACAUCGAGCACGCCACCGAACAAGAAAGAAAGGAGAGAUCCAACAGAAGAGCCUCCCGCUCGAACAGCAGUCUGCUGAGAGAGAAUCUGGCCCGCCUUGAAGACGACGCGCCCCCCGCGUAUGACCAACAUUCGUUUUGCAACGGCAAUAACCGACCCAACAACUCGAGAAACAGCCCCGAGCGAGGCCAGAAGAAUGAGUUCGCGAGGUCCAGCACUGAGGACUACCCCAGAUACCAGAACAACCGAGAGUAUCAGAGAUAUGGCUCCGACGAGAAGAUGCCUCUCUGCGGACGAAACGAGUUCUCACGAUGCAGGAGUGAGGAAUAUCCGAAGUAUCCCAACAACAAAGAAUACCAGAAAUACUCCGACGACGAGAAGCGCCCGAAGGCUCGCAAGAGUGAGUUCGAGAACUGCCAGACUGAGGACUACCCCAAAUACUCCACCAAAGAAUAUCAGAAAUACCCCGAGGAUGAGAAACGCCUCAGAUUCAAGAGCGAGUUCGAGACCUGCAAAAACGGCGACUAUCCCAAGUACGAGAACGACAAAGAGUACCGGAAAUACGACCUGGAUGAGAGACCUCCUCUCUGCGGACGAAGCAAGAGCCAAGAAUACUCCAGAUACCACAGCACCAAGGAGUAUCAGAAAUCUCCCAAGGACGAAAAGUCCCCCAAGUCCUCGAAGGACGAAUUCGAGCGGUGCAAGACUCAGGAUUAUCCGAAAUACGAGAACGACGAGGAAUACCAGAAGUACGAGGAGGACGACGAGACGGACAUCUGGAACAGCGAUGACGGAAUGGACAACGCCUCCACCAUCGCGUCGGUUGCAUUCCUCGACGAAGACGACGAAGGAGGCGAGGCGUCAGAUCGCGAUCGAACAUCCGAUCGUAAGCCCCGGUACCUUUCUCGCCGACACAGGUCUCCCCGAAAGAGUACCGCCUCUCUCGUCUCCAGCAUUGCUCCGACCGAGAGCGUUCUGUCCUCCACCCACGGGUCCCACAAGGGCUAUCGCAAGAAGCGCAGACGCAGACGCACCCACAGCCGGACUGUGUCGAGAGCCUGA